AUGGCCGCCUCUACAUCUCCCUACGCGCUCACCCCCUGGGAGGUCUCCUUCCUCGACCCCCUCCGCGAGCACCGCAACGCCCUCAUCAUCCUCAAUCAGCCCUUCUCCUUCCCCCUUCUCGACCGCGUCUGGCACGCAUCCAGAUGGCACGCCUGUGCGGACGGCGGCGCGAACCGCCUCCACGACCUCCUCAUAUCGUGUGAUGGCAAGGAUAAGCGGCACCUAUACACGCCCGACCUCAUCAAGGGCGAUCUCGACUCUAUCCGGGACGAUGUGCGCGCAUACUACGCCUCCCAGGGCGUGCGCAUCGUGCGCGACGAGGAUCAAUACUCGACCGACCUCAUGAAGUGCAUCGGCGCCCUGGUCGAGGACGAAAAGACGGAGCGACAUGUCGAGGUACCAAAGUGCAACUACCACCGCUUGCACAGUACCGCUCACCCUAUUCAGCAAAACACGAUCGUCCUCCUCGGCGGACUCAGCGGUCGGCUGGAUCAGACGGUACACACCCUGUCGCUGGUGCACAAGCUCCGAAAGAGUCGGAAACGCACCUUCGUGAUCACGGAUGAUAAUGUGGCCUGGCUGCUCGACACAGGAGAGCACCGUAUCCAUGUCGAUCACGAGUUGUUCGGACCCACCUGUGGUCUCCUUCCAGUGGGAAUAGACUCGACCAUUCUCACUACUACAGGCCUCCGGUGGAAUCUCACGGAACACCCAUCAUCCUUUGACGGCAUGGUUUCGACCUCGAACCACCUACUCCCGGAGGAGCCCGUCGUAACCGUAAGGACGACGAAGCCAAUCUGGUGGACGAUGGAGCUGAGGCCGCUCGCUAGCCGCUUGCCUCAGUCACCCCAGCUUGAACAGACGGUGCGCGCUGAUAUAACGGGUGCCUGGACGGUGUAGUUGGUCGAGAGAUGAAGAUACCUGCUUGUGUACAGUAUGUACAACCAUAGAUCGCUUCGAAGUGUCGC